CGGAGGCCUCUUGUUUCACUCAAAGAUUGCGAACGUUUUCUUUUCUUUCUUUUCAUUAAUGAAGAAAGCACCAAUACAAGCAAGAGCACUUAUACAUGCAAACAUUUAAAUAAUAUUGAUACAAAAUAAACACGUCACGUAAAACAGUAAUUAAGCAAAAUUACAUUUGAUAUAAAAAGAUCAUGCAUAGAAACAGGACAGUGUUCGUAUUGCUUUCAUGUUUGUACUUUUCGUCUCCAGGUUGGCUUCGUGGCUGAAUGCACUUUUAAACGGAGUUGCGCAUGUGCGCAUGCGUCAUUUCCUCCGACGAUUCCUGAUUCUACUGAAGUUACCUAUGUUGACUUUAAAGGACUUAAAUGCUCCAGAACUCCGCUUAGUUUGGCACUUUAUUUAUUUACUUAUUUAUUUAUUUUAACAUAUUAUAUUGCUCACUAAAGCAGGUCCCAUAACUUGACAGAUGUGCUUAAUGCAUGAAGAGCCAAGCUAACUCUAUAAAAAUGGGCAGAAUUUGGUGUGAGCACCUGCACACCUCUGUACUGCUGACAUUAGUAUUGUUGACAUCUGUACUCUUUGUCCUGGUGCAUGAAAACCAGGACGUUUUAUAUGCCUUUUCACCAUCAGAGAAAAGCUGGCGUAUUCUAAAUAUGUCAUACAGGACUGUACAAUCCCAAAAGGAUUUUGGCAAUAUUCUUAAGACUAAAGCUAACCGUGAUCAGUGUGGUGUAGCUGUGAAGAGCCGCAUUGACUGUGGCCGUGAUAGAUCUUUGAGUCAAGCUGAAUGUUUGGACAGAAGAUGCUGCUAUGUGCCCCAACCACAGUCUGGAUCCAGAGGACCACCGUGGUGCUUCUACCCAGUCCGUUACCCAGGCUACAACAUGGGGCCCCUGUUACCCACCGAAAGGGGCCAAAGGGCCACCCUGACCCGUUCCAAACCCUCUUACUUGCCCUGGGACAUCUCCACACUACAACUAGAUGUAAUGGCCGAAUCUUCAGGUCGUCUGCACAUCACUCUGAAGGAUCCAUUAUCUUCUCGAUAUGAGGUCCCCUUCGUGACCUCCUAUUCCAGGGGCCACAGCGACAAACAGGAACCCCUCUAUGAUGUGGAGUUUCAGCCAGAUCCUUUUGGGUUUAUUGUACGUCGCAAAUCCAAUGGCUGUGUUCUUCUCAAUACCACAAUAGGACCCCUCCUGUUUGCAGAUCAGUAUCUACAGAUUUCGACUUCUCUAGCUUCCUCUAUGAUAUCUGGACUAGGUGAACAUUACACCCCCAUCACACUGGACUUGAACUGGACCUCUGUUUCAUUAUGGAACAGAGACAUGGCACCACAUAGAAGUGCCAAUCUGUAUGGCUCCCACCCCUUCUUCUUGGUCCAAGAAGGUAAUGGAAAGGCACAUGGGGUCUUCCUUCUCAACAGCAAUGCAAUGGAGGUGGCUUUGCAGCCCGCUCCAGCAUUAACAUGGGUGACCAUUGGAGGAAUUCUGGACUUCUACAUCUUCUUAGGCCCAAGCCCACAGAGCGUGGUUCAACAGUACCAUGAGGUUAUAGGUUACCCCAUGAUGCCACCCUACUGGUCACUGGGCUUCCACCUCUGUCGAUGGGGUUAUACUUCCACCAACAUCACAAGAACAGUGGUACAGCUCAUGCGCCAAUCCAAGUUCCCUCUAGACGUACAAUGGAAUGAUCUUGAUUAUGCAGACCAAAGAAGAGUCUUUACGUUUGAUCCGCACCGGUUUGGAGAUUUGCCCCAAAUGGUUCAAGAGUUCCAUCAGCUGGGCAUGAAGUAUGUACUCAUACUGGAUCCAGGCAUCAGCAGUUCAAGUCCUCCUGGUUCAUACAAACCCUUUGAUGAUGGUCUGAAGAGUGGAGUGUUCAUCAACAACUCUAGUGGACAGAUCCUUAUUGGGAAGGUAUGGCCAGGUCCAACAGCAUUCCCAGAUUUUACCAAUCCUACAACAAAGGACUGGUGGAUGGACUGUAUCAGAAGCUUUCACUACAAGGUACCAGUGGAUGGACUUUGGAUAGACAUGAAUGAACCAUCUAAUUUUGUCCAGGGCUCUGUGGAAGGAUGUCCUGAUACUAAAUUGGAGAAACCACCAUAUACCCCAGGUGUGAUUGGAGGCCAGUUAAACUCAGGAACUCUGUGUAUGUCCGCUCAGCAGUAUCUGUCCAAUCACUACAAUCUGCACAAUCUCUAUGGGUUCACCGAGGCCAUCGCGACUCACAGUGCGUUAUUGAAAGUGAAGCGUACUCGACCAUUUGUCCUGUCCCGGUCGUCUUUCCCCGGACUAGGCCAUUUCUCUGCACACUGGACAGGAGAUGUGCAGAGUAACUGGGAGCAACUGCGGUUUUCAAUACCUGGUGUGCUACUGUUCGGACUCUAUGGCAUUCCGUUAGUGGGAGCUGACGUGUGUGGAUUUGGUGGGGACACGACUGAAGAGCUGUGUGUGCGCUGGACACAACUUGGAGCCUUUUACCCCUUUAUGAGAAAUCAUAACGACAAACCAAAUGCUCCCCAAGAGCCAUAUGUAUUCAGCAGACAAGCCCAAGACAGCAUGAGGGCUGCUGUAAUGCUGCGAUACUCUCUCCUGCCUUUCCUCUACACGCAGUUCCACCAUGCACACACCUCUGCCCACACUGUGGCUCGUCCCCUCUUCAUUGAAUUCCCCACUGAUCCAAAUUGCCAGAGCAUUGAUAAGCAGUUUCUAUGGGGGAGUUCAAUACUUAUCAGUCCUGUUUUGGAGCAAGGAGCGGUGGAGGUGAUAGCCUAUCUCCCUCCAGGGACUUGGUACAAUCUGCACAAUGGACAGGCAUAUCACAGUAAUGGGCAAUACAUUCUGUUUCCUGCCCCACUGGACAUCAUUAACGUUCAUGUGAGAGAGGGAAGCAUCAUUCCACAACAGGUUCCUGCAUUGACUACUACUGCUUCACGCAGAAACCCUUUUAUCCUAAUCGUGGCACUCUCUGUAGGGAGUUUGGCCAAAGGGGAGCUCUUCUGGGAUGAUGGAGAAAGUCUGGACACUUUUGAACGGGGAGAUUACUCAUACAUUCACUUCUGGGCUGAAGAGUCUCAUUUGGUCGGCAAGCCAGUGAAAUUAAAUGGAUCUCUCGAUCAUUUGGUCCUCGGGGAAGUGCGUGUUUUUGGGGUUCAGACACUUCCUACGGCUGUGUGGGCCAAUGGAGAGAAGGUUCAAGAAUUUUUAUACAACUCAGACACCAAGGUUCUUACAGUGCCUGGUCUGGACUUACUCAUGACAGCCAUGUUCACAAUACAGUGGAGUUGAUGAGAAGGAUGAAAGCUCUGUGUUUGUACUGCUGUGCAAAUCUUCUGUGUAAAUGCUUGUGCAAUUGUUUAUAUUAUUGUGUAUGCAGUUAUCAUCAAUAAUGCACUGAAAGUUUUUAAACAAUGUAUGUUUUAUUGAAUUUAAUAUUUAAUGUUGAAUGCUUGAUUUAGUGUUUAGAAAUGUGAGUCAGUGAUAAAUUCAUGAAACUAUGCUUUGUUGUUGUUGUUUUUUUUUUUUGGUUGUUGUUGUUUUUUACUCAGUGACAAAAUUAACAUAAAUAAUGAUGAAAUACAAAGAUAACGAAAUAAUAAACUAUCUUUAUAAAAUAGCUUACAAAUAUUUUGAUUUGAAAAUGUUCUAAAGAGCAUGUGUGCUUCAGUGCAAUGAAAAAAAUUCAAGAUUUAUGCAUUUCAGUUUCAAAAAUUUAAUUGAGUUAUCUUUAGCAAAAUAAAAUAAAUAAAUAAAUAAAUAUUGAAUGUUAUUCAUUUACUUUUAUUAAUAAUUACACAAUUCAAGUUGAAGGAAUUUUGUUAUGAAUCUGAAAUGUGUAAAUCUUAAAAACAUAUUCUUUUUAAAUGUGGAAGCAAGGAAAUGUGACCUUUUGAAUGAGUGAACUUGGCCAACACCACAAAUUUGCUUACAUUUGAUAAGUGACCUAGAAAACGAUUCCUUCCUCAUUUUACACCAUAUUCUUUCUUUGUUUUAAAAUGUUCUAAAUCCCAAAACUUUGUUUAUUUAAAGGUUUAAAUGAAAAAUAAAUAUGAGAUUUUCAGUGUGGCCUCUCAGCCCAUUGGACCCAUCUGUAUAGAAUGUAUAUAGGGAAUUGAAGACUGGAUUGAAUCAGCUUAAAUAGUGAUUCUGUUUAUUUAUUUGCAAAAAAAAUCCACACUUUUUCAUGUUUUGGUGCUUUUAGUUUCUUCCAAUUGGUAAAUUUCUGUUUUAAAUUGUGCAAAAUGUGCUUUUCCUUUUUGACCACUUUUAAAUGAUUGUGCAUGCAAAAUUGUAAACAAGAAACAUUUAACCCCUUUGUAUAUGCUUUUAAUAAGUUACACAUCAUUAUUUAAUUUAUUUAUUUAUUUUUAUUUUUUUUUAUUGAAAAUAAUUAAAAUGGUAUAAACAAGAGUGAAUAUAGCAAUUUUAAAAAACAUUGUUAUAAAACAAACAUGUCAGGGGUAUAUGGGGGGAAAAAUUACAUGAAAGGGAAAAAACAAAAAUGAUAUUAGGCCUAGAGAAAAAUGAAAAUUUUUAGAAAAAUUA